CCCCCUUCCGCUCUUCCCUCUGCCUCUCUCUCUGCCGCUCUCCCCCCGCCACCCCCCGAGCUCUCUCUCACCCUCGAGUAUUUUCUAUCUCGUUGAGUAACGCGCGCGGCUCCAUUCAUUCACGCGGCCAAGCAGCCUGUGGGGAGGGAGUGUGCGGCAACACCACACACCCACACACACGCCGUACAUAUAUAGAUGCACCACACGGAGCGAGGCCAGGCCAGAGAGAGAGAGAGGAGAGGAAACAAACAGCGCGGCGGAACGAGUUGUGGAUAGAGACGACACGGGGCUAUCGAGACAGACAGACGUCUACAGCAGGGGUGGUGUUGUAGAUAGACACGGACACUAAUAGAGUGGCUGAAAGAGACGGUCACGCAACAGUCGCCACCCGCCACUUGAGUGGCCGUAGCGUCAUCACGGCGCCUGUACCAGGCUAGGUGCGCUUUGGCAACAACGGAGAGACACACACACACGGACGAGGCACAACUCGCAUGGGGAUGGGCGCACAGGGCAAGCGCAGGUCUGGUGAGGGGCUCGUGACCAACGUGGAGCUGGGGACCGUGGUCCCGGUGACCAACGGGGUCCCGGGGUCCCCUCUGCCCGUCGCUCCCGCCGCCGCGAGGCCGACGUCGAUGCCGGGGUCCCCUACGCGGGAGACGUGGAGCCGCAAAAUCGAGUUCACUCUGGCGUGUGUGGGCUACGCCGUGGGUCUCGGGAACGUGUGGCGAUUCCCGUACCUGUGCUACCGGAGUGGAGGAGGUGCAUUCCUGGUGCCGUACGUGGUGAUGCUGGCGCUGUGCGGGAUCCCGCUGCUCUUCAUGGAGCUCUCCGUGGGGCAGUACACGCGCCUGGGCCCCGUGCACGCACUCGCCAGGCUCUGUCCACUGCUCAAAGGCGUGGGCGUGGCCACGGUGGCGAUCUCCUUCCUGCUGUGCACCUACUACAAUGUGAUCGUCACGUGGGCGCUCUACUACCUCUUCCGCUCCUUCCAGAGCCCCCUGCCCUGGUUCUCGCCAGCCGGGAGCGCGGCGGCGACAGCUAAUGGAAGUGCCGCCAUUUCCGCGGCGCUGGCAAAUGCGAGCAGCGUGGCGAUGUCGCGGAACCAGAGCUUGGGCAUCUCCGCCAGCCAGCACUACUUCGACCACACAGUGCUGCAGAUGACCGGGGGUGUUGAGGACCUGGGCAGCAUGCGCUGGGAACUGCUGGGGCUGCUGCUUCUCGCGUGGGUCCUCGUCUACUUCUGCAUCUUCCGCGGCGUAAAAUCCACGGGCAAGGUGGUGUACUUCACGGCGCUCUUCCCUUACGUGGUGCUGUUGGCGCUGCUCAUCAACAAUGUGCAGCUGCCGGGCGCCAUGAACGGCAUCCGCUACUUCCUCACCCCCGUGUGGGGGCGCCUCACUGAAGUGCAGGUGUGGGUCAAUGCCGCCGCUCAAGUGUUCAACUCGAUUGGCGUGAGCUUCGGCUCUCUCAUCUCGCUGUCGAGCUACAACAAGUUCAACAACAACAUCCUGCGGGACACCCUGGUGGUCUCCCUCACCAACUCGGCCACCAGCAUCUUCGCAGGUUUCGUCAUUUUCUCGGCCAUCGGCUACAUGGCCCACAUCCACGGCCUUCCCGUCAGCGACAUCGCCACCGACGGCCCGGGGCUCGUGUUUGUCGUGUACCCGGAGGCGUUCGUCACGAUGCCCGUGUCUCCCUUCUGGGCGGUCUCCUUUUUCUUCAUGCUGCUCUGCCUGGGCCUCGACUCCCAGUUCGCCAUGGUGGAGGUGAUGGUGACGAGCCUCAUGGAUGGCUGCGGCCCAGCGCUGCUGCGCCAUCUCAAGCGCAAGGAGCUCGUCGUACUGCUCGUCUGCUUCGUCGCCUUCCUGCUCGGCCUGCCCAACGUCACGCAGGGAGGGAUUUACGUGUUCCAGCUGAUGGACCACUACACGGCGGUGACGUCGCUGAUGUUCCUCGCGUUCUUCGAGGUGGUGGCCAUCUGCUGGCUCUAUGGGGUGGAGCGCCUCUCCAGCAACGUGCAGGAGAUGUUGGGACGACCGCCGAGCAUCUUCUUCCGCGUCUGCUGGCGGUUCUGCGCACCGGUGCUCGUCUCUGGCAUCCUGGUGUUCAGCAUCGUGCGGUACAAGCCGGCACGCUACGGCCACUACGUGUAUCCAGGCUGGGCCGAGGCACUGGGCUGGUGCGUGUCGCUUCUGUCCAUCAUCUGGAUCCCGCUGGGCGCUGCCCACACGCUCUACACCACCCCCGGCUCGCUCAGACAGCGCCUCUUGAUCUCCAUCACCCCGCUGCCCAUCCAUGCGCCGCCCGCUGACCACGCCCCGCCGGUGGGCGCCGCGGUCGCGGAGACGGAGGAGGAAGAGGAGCUGGGGAAGCUGCUGAUGGUGUCGGCCAUGGGCCAGGACUCGCCGCCUCCCCCUUACAAGGCCGACCCCUCGGGGGUCAGCCUCCCCCUGCGUGACCUCCCCGGCCCCGUGCAGUCGUGAUGGGUCGGGGAGCUCCUUUCUGGGAGCUCCGGUGUUUCGUUUCCAAGGAAACUCUUAUAAUUUUUUUCUCUCUCUGCGUUGUUGGCAGUAACAUUUUUUUAGCGUGCGGUGGAGGUGUCCGGCGAGGUUGGGGAGGGGUGCAGGGGGGG